CUUGUUGUCUGCCUUGCCUUCCAGAACACUUUCUUUUUUCUUCCAAGCCACAUCCUGCAAAAACAGCUGACUUCAGCAGCUGGGAGGGGAAACCAGAGAUCAUAUGACAAAGGGUAAACAAGAAGGCGAGGGAAAGGGUGUCUCUCCCUCUAAGCGGCUUCUGGCCCCUCCUGAGAAUUUGAAAGAAGACCCCUCUAGAACAGAACCACGACCAGAGCAAUUAAGACUCAGCCAUUGCUCUUGGGAGGAUGCCAUGACCCAGAUCGCUCCUUGCGGUGAUCAGUGAUCUGGGAUUCCUGAGGAAUCUGUUUGGGAUAGGCUACACCGUUAUUCCUGCCUUGGUCUCUGUCGGGAUGGUUUUUCUGUGGCUCCGGACGCCCUUCCUUUUCCUCUUCCACGUCCUGUUUGCAUCAGUCCAACUGUGCAAUGUCCCUCCAGGAAACAUUACGCUCAUCCAGGCACUGAAUUCAGAGCUCCUCAAACUGGUGGACAAUGCGUCCCAGGAACCGAACCCCAGCCUCUAUUUGGGCCUUCGACUUUCCAACGAACACGACCUGGGGAAGGAAACGGAGUAUCUCACCCGACUGAUAGACGUCUUUCAGCCUCAAAGCAGCAGCCGCCAGAAACAGCCUGGGACGGGAGAGCUGGCACUGUACCUCCUUGCGCUGCGGGCUGCUUGUCAUAACAUGGACACCUCAGAGGGGAACCGAGUGGUGACCCGGCUGAAGCUUCUCUUGAAUAAAGAAAUGAAGCAGAUCGAUCACAAGGGGAAAGGCCACCUCAUCACCAACUACUACCAGUACAGCUUGGGGGUCCUGGCCUUGUGCGUUCACAGCAAGUGGACCGAUCCCGAGGUGAUCAGGAAGCUGCUGUUGGCUGAACACCAUGGCGGAUUUUAUCACCACCAGACUCUCUCCAUAGACACGGAAGCCAUGGCCGGGCUGGCUUUUGUCUGCUUGGAACAGACCCCCAGAUACCCCCAUAAACUCCAGGCCAGCGUGCGAAGGGCUGUGAAACGAGCGAAAGAAAACAUCCUGAAAGCAGGGACUCCAGAGGGGGUUUAUGGGAACAUCUACAGCACCCCCCUGGCAAUGCAGUUUUUGAGUGCUGUCGGAAUGGGGCAGAGCCAGCAGGAGUUCUCCAGAGGUCUGGGGGCCCUGAUGCAGAGCCUGGAGCGGGGAGACUUCCAAAAUAACCUUAUCCGGUCACAGCUGCUGCCUGCCUUGUACUGCAGGAGUUACGUGGAUGUUGCCAGCAUGGUAUGCCAAACUCAGACAGAAAGUUCAGUCCCUGAUCUUUCCCUGCCGCAACCUCAAGGGAUCAAUCCGACACAGAAUAUUUCUGUCCGGCUAGAAGCAAGGAAAGCCUCUCAGUUGCUGUACCAGCACGUGCUGGACGUUCCCUUGGGCUCCACUCUUCUGGACGUACUGAAAGCUGCAGCCAAAGAUGUUCACCAACCUUUGAGGUAUGAGACCCAGAAAACCCUCUCUGGCCCCAUGCUGGUCGGCGUGAUGGGGGAGAAGCCUCAAAAAGGCGAACGCAAGUACUGGAGCAUUCUGCGGCAUCCUAACAGCAGCUUGGACCAAGGUAUUGCAGAAUACACUCCGCAAGAUCAGGACCAUAUUAUCUUGAAGAUGAGCUCUUGGUAGAGAUGGAUCCCACCCUCUGGUAGGCUGGGCUGUCUCUUCGCAAACUGCAGGCAUAUUGUAUGGACUUGUCCUCGGAGAGUUGCAGAAUGUUCUUUCCCUCACCUCUUUGAACUUGAGGACUAGGAUCUUGUUUUUGAAACACCUCUUUUUAUUUCGGUUCAAGUCCAGUGAUGUCAAAAAAAAAAAAAGAGGGAGAGAGAAAGAAAGCACUAAUACAACAAUAAAUUA